GCCGACAACAUCGACUAACUAUGUAUACGACAACUCAUGCGACAAACACGGCAGCUCCUCGUCAUCAAGCUAGCACUGGCAGCGAGCUUUAACCCGGCUAGGCUGAAAACGGAUAUUCUGGUUGUUCUCUGAUGAUGAUCUGCAUGUACCGCCAAGGGUUGCUCAAUAAUCAGGGACCUCUAUGACGUUAGACUGUCAAGGCGUUAGUCCUGCGCUUUCUCCGCUCGUCGAAAUGUCACGCUCACCCAGAUUUGCACGUGCGUGCGACAAGGGGAGAUAGCGAGAUCCACCCACUACUGUAGUUGGAGUGACGCAGACGGAAGGCGGGAUCAGGCGUAAAGUCGUGGACGUUUGCGUCCGACAAGUACGGGCAGCGCUUUGCAAUUCCUGCAUGGCCCGCACAUUCUGCAUCUCCACUGCCUGCGACGAUGCGCAUAUAUACAACCUGAAAACGAACUAGUGGACGCCAAUUACACUCACGCUCAGCAAACACCACCAUGGACACCCUCUCGAUUCAAAAACUCGACAAAUUCUUCCCCGCUCCUUCGGCGGCGCCAACGGGCUUCUGUCCGCAGCGGCUCCCCGGGACCAACGCGUUGGCAGCUAGGGAUGCGGUCAAACGCGCUUUAAGGGAGAAUCACGUCAAGAACCAUAUUUUCAACCGACCAGGCGGGUUUCACAACCACUGCUCGCAUCAUGUCCUCGCCGUCUACCCACUUGGUGCCUCAGCCCCGGUCAUUGAGGCACUGUACAGCGUAGAUUCGCAGAGGCACCAAAGACAUUCCCAAGGUAACUGAUAAGAUUACGUUGGAUAACUUCGCAAAACAUCUCGGUGAGGAAGAUAAGUGUUUUCCUUACUUGGCGUCUAUAUUACACUAACGAUAAUCUGUUCCUAACAGCUGCUACUCCCGGUACCUCGACUUCUUUGCUGAAGAGAUCGACCAGCACGGAGUAACGGAGACGCUCGAACGGUUCAUGUACUCUGACGAGUUCAACGUGAACGCCGACGGCACCGGGCUCGCUAUGCUCGCGCGCAAUUUCGAGCCAUUGUACCAUGCUAUGAUUCACAUUGGGUACUCCAUCGAAUUCGGCAUCCCAGGGCUAGCCGCUGAAGGUAUGGCGAUGGCCGCUGUGGACCCCAACGUAUUCAACCACCAGUUCCUCGCGCCGCUUUGGUCGACAGUGUCUACCAAAUCCUCCAAGACCCCCGAAGUCACCGUUUUCGACGUUCUCAACCUCGUCUACGAGGGCGACUUCGUCACGAGGCAGUUCGACACGCCGCAGGAGAACAUCAAAGUCACAUUCGAAGCGAAUACUGACCGCAUGCUCAAGUACGCGCUCGAAUGGAGCAUCGACCUGUCGAAGCCCGGCGAGCUCGACCGCAAGAUCAAGGAGUUGCAAUGGCUCAUGGUAAUCUUGUACGGCGUUGCUGGGUACCACGAAGGCAAGGGCCUGCAGGCUGAUUUCUACAACAUGCACCUCGUCACCUCAUGCCUCUUCCUCGGCCCGAACCUAUACCAGCUAUCCAAACGCUCGCAGGAGAUCUUCCUCCGCGCGUAUCUCGCCAAUUCACUCACCAUCUACCUCAUGUUCGGCCGCCCGCCCCUCGAUAUCGCCACGUUCUGGAAGGAAACCGCCGCAGCCGAGUUUAUUGUCCCCGCCGGGUUCAACAGCAGCAGCACAGGCACCGACGCAGGCUACACCGGGCCCGCGCAGCUCGACGCCAAGGUCCUCGCCUCAACCAAGGGCAACGCGAAUCCCUGGGCGACGCACGUGCAGAGCGCGAUCGUGGCCAAGGACGACCACUACGCGAAGCUCAUCCGCGCGCUGCUGCACCUCGCGGAGCGGUUCGGCGAUCGCCCGGCGGGGCACUUGGUGACGAUGGCGCCGAACUGUGGGUUGGAGGGGCUGGAGCAGAUCGACGGCUCGCUGUUUUUGAGGGUGGCUGGGUUGACAGCCGAGGCUGUGUACGACGCCCAGAUUUUCAGCAUUAACAAGCCUUACACGGGCUUAGAGCUUGCAUGAAGAGUAGUCGAGGAGCUUGGUAGGACUUGAUAAAGACGGACGUUUGACGUGAUACAUAUGCAUUUGAUGAUAGUUAGUGAUUGUGUAUAGUACAUCUUCCAACAUGAUAAAUAGAAAUAAGACCGCUCUCUGCGUACAAUAGCGAAAUGGUGUACAAAUCGACCACUCUCUGCGUAUAAUAGCGAAAUGGUGUACGAAUCGAGCACUUACUGAACGUAAUGCAUAACUGGAAAACGUCAGGGCACGACGGAACAGUAGGUGCGGAAGCAAGAGAAGGCUAGCAAAGAGAAGCAACGACUCACAUAAAUAUCCAUGAGCGCUAAUCCUCUCGUUCUCUUCCACCCUCGAGUCGCUCUUGUGAUCUUGACUUCCAAGUAAAGCUAAGGCCAUCGAUGCGCCACGCUGAAAGCUGCGCAUGCUCACCAUUGAUCUGGAAUCGGAGGCAUGAAUCACAGAUGAUUUGCUGGGCGUGACGUGGUAUCAGGUUCUUCGUGCAGAGCUUGCAUUGCCGAUGAUCAACAAGACGUGAGGUGCUGUGUUCUGUGGUUGGACGAUCGCACUGUGUGCUUGAGCGCCGGGAUUGGGGACCGACGUUUGACCGGUUUUCAUCUUUCCGAGAGGCACUGUACCUUCCGCCCCUAGGCCUGGCAGGCAAGCUCGACUGGGCUUGCUGAGAGCUCGAGCUCUUUGCCUGAUUCGGGGAGGCCUUAUGCCUAGAGGCUGGAGUCACCGAUCCCAAAGUGGCGGUGUUGAGAGCCUGGAGCACCAGCUGCUCUACUGUCGCGUGGCUGCUCUGGAGUCUGCGUGCAUUCGA